CGUAACUUGUCUUGGCUUGGUUUACUUAAGAUUAGUUUGCGAGUCGUUCAUUCCAGCGAAGUAUUCCACUAAACAAAAGAUUUUUCGUCCAGGCUGACCGUGAAUUCAAUCGCUACUUCUGGUCGCCAAUUAUUUUCCAAUUUCCUAACAAGAUUUCUUUGAUAAAUUUAAAAACCAAUAUCAUGGGAUCAACUACAACCUUAUGGGAAAGUUUACACUCUUUUUUCCCAUGGCAUACGUCGCAUAAAGUUAACGUGGAUGCUAAAGGAGUUCCUCAGGAAAUCAAGAUAAACGUCUCCGGACUUCCAAAUAUACGCCAUAUCGGAGUGGAUGUUCAUGACGUUACUAGGAACGCCGGGAUUACGGUGCUCUAUUCGAUAGCAUUUUUGUUCUUCUCGUUGGGCGUGUAUCUCCUCGUCUCCGCGGUGACUCAGUUGGUCUGUGGCGCAUACGUCGCUGUCAUCCACCUUGGAGCAGGGACGGCCCUGGUAAUCUCCACGGUGGCAGCUUGGGUCCAUUGGGUUGGGUUUUGGAAUGCCGUGAUGAUCUCUUAUCUUGUAAUUGUCAAUAAAACGGAGCACAUUCGUAGUUGCAAAUGUCCUUAUACUCCUAUCAAGAACGGGGGCAAAUUGCCGUUAUGCGGAGUCGUGUGGUUGAUUUGUGUCGGGGGCUUGUUGAUACAACUUGGGAUAAAAAUGAUGAGUAUUGACUGAUUAGUUAGUCUUUGCGGGUUGUCAUUUAAUUAAAUUUUAUAAUGGGAAAAAGUAUGUACAUAUGAUAAUUAUGCCAUUUUUAAAUAAACCAUGUGCCGAUACCUACCUAAGCAAAUGCAUAUGUGAAAUUAGAUUUUAAAAUAUUGACAAAGAUUUGAUUCCUUUAUGUGCUGGGCUCGAAUUCUACUGAAAAUCGAAUCGACGAAAUUGUUUACAAGUCUGAAAAAGUCUGCUCUUCUUACAUAUGUAUUUACGUACAUAUGUAUCAAUGUAUGUCGCUCUGUAGAAUGACGCACUUUACAGUAGCGUAACUAAGUUUAAGUCCUGAUUUUACUGGAAAUCUAGUUGCGAAGCUACAUUGACGACAUAAAAAGAUAUGUAAGAAGACUUCAAAUCCAGGUUGGGCAUCUGUGAAAAUGAGCAAGCAGUCUGCAAAAUCACAAAGAUCGUCCCCUCGGUACCUGGAGAAAUUGGGAAUGGGGUUCUUACUUUUUUCAGAACCUUAUUUAGUCAGGAUCACGUUUCAUUAUGUCAACCCCAACAGAUCCGAUUAUGUUUCUAAAGACUCUGGCUAUGAAAUUAAUUCCACGCUGAAUCCAAUAGUUUCUUAAUCAAAUACUUACAUUUCUAUUGAUUCUGUCUUUACUGAGAGAGGUAAACCUUAAAAGUCUAAUUGGAUUGAAUUGAAUGUACCACCGGUGAAAUAGAUGUAACUAUGUGAAAAAACCAAUAUCUGUUUGUUUAGUAGUUGAAUAUACUCUGAGGCAUGAAUUUGUCAUGGGGAGAGGAGGGGGGGGAUGAAGAUACCAGGUAGUAUCUUUAUCUUGUAUCUCCGUCACCUGAUAAGAGGAGUAUCUUGCACCUUUUAGGUAUAUGGAUUGUAUCUUGUGUAUGUAUCUUAUGUACAAACAUAUGUAUGCCUGGCAGCAAAGUCCCUUAAGAUACAUGUCUACUUAAUUAUUAGGAAAAUGUUUUAUAUCUUAUCCGUAUGUACCUCAACAAGAAGUAUUUUGUAAAUAUCUUACAUCUCAUUCUGAAAGUGUCUUCAUUUUGUAUCUCUUACGACCAUAUGUAUCUUGCCCACCCCUGGAAUUUAUUGACCAGAACAUAAGUCUCAAUAUCUGGGAAUAAAUUGCAUUUGUAUUUGCCAAUGCGCCGAAUAAAGUUGGACUGGAAAUUACGUACAUACAUGUAAAAUUUUCGCGUGGGUUUUUACUUCUCGAUCUCCUCUGUGAUCUCCUCUCUCGACCUGCUCUUCCAGGGCCCAGUUCACGUUGAUGCUUUUGUAGAGAAAGUGGAGAGAAUUGUACAAGUGGAGAAAAUCUUGCACUUUCUCUCUCUUUUACAUUUCAUUAUCGAUCUGAUCCGGGGAGCGUGUGAGAGAAAUUUGUUUUGUUGUUUGGUUUCAUAACUCAGCUGCAGAUUCGGAACUUUUGCAGUCAUAAUUGGGUAGCAUAGUCUCAAGUUGAUGCAACAUCAAGGGAAUUAAGUAACCGUGAAGAACAUGGAUAAAGAAUUGUUGUCAAAUAUGAAGGCAGAGGAGGAAAUUAUUGCUGGUCCAUCGACUUCUUUGGUCGCUUCUAACAACUUGGAUGAUCUCAACCGAAAAGUUUUGAGCAAUCACUUGAUCCUCAGCAAAAUCAUGUCUCAUUGUGGCCCCAAAGAGCUAGUCGUGGCCACCUGGGUUUGUCAAGAAUGGGCGAAAGAGGCACGGAAAUUUUUGCAUGAAAACAACUCUGACGGUAUCCUGGUCAGGAUGAAUGGAUGGAUUGAAUCCCUCUUCCAUCUAGAUGAUCAUCCUGCCCGUACCGAAAACAGGGUCGAACUCAUAAAAAUUAGUGAUCAAGAACAGGGACCAAUUCGCCCCGGGCCGUUAAUCUCGGCCAUUCAAGAUGUUGAUGAACGGAGGGCGAUGAUGUUGAAUAAAAUCGGAUGGACCGAGUUGGCCAAGUAUUGCCCAGAAUUGGAAAGCAUUCACGAUAUAAUGUCGGAAUGGGUGUCAGGUGGACAGGAGUUGUCAAACACGAUGGGCGAGAUUUUUGAUGGCACCACAAAAUUAGCAAAGGUGACCAAUUUGAGCAUUCAUAUUCAAGGGGUCAGCUUAAAACAUGCUCAUUUUGUGAGGAUUUCCGAAGUGGAACAUUGCGAACCAAACCACAUCCAUGCUGCCGAAGUUGUCGCAAUUGCGACCCGAUUUCUGGAUACGUUUCCAGCCCUUGAAAAUCUGCACAUCGAAUGCAUGCUGCUUCCCGUGCUGGUUGCUAUUUUGCGCGGUGCCGGAGCUGGAAUUGAAUCAAUUCAAAUUUUUACAGCAAUUUGCACCCUCGGUUUGGAUGAGAUUGCGCAAUUUCCCCUUUUGCUGCCAAAUACGCCGAGGUCAAAACAACUUCCGCUGACAAAGAUGCAAUUAGAGUGUUCCUCCAACAGCCCAGUCGACUUACAAUCUGCGUUAAAUCUGAUUCCACGAGUCGGUGCGAGUGAUACGUUGCGAGAGUUGCUCCUCUUUUACAUGAUUGGAGACGGGAGAAUGUCUCAAGUGGAUGUGGUAUUUCCGGUCUUGUCAAAAUUGAAAUGUUUGACGUUCAUCCAAUGGCCAUCCUCAUGUCAUCCUUUACUCAUGCCGAAGGUGCAACGAGACAAAGAUGGAGUUCCGGUGAACAGUUUUCCAGCGCUGAAAAUACUAUUCUUUGAUGGCGUGGCCUGUCGUCGAACGCUAGGUUCUGUCCUCUGCUACAAUUUGACGAGCACUCUGAUCAUGUUGCAACGCCUCUUUCCAACCCCGUCCCAAUCGAUGAGGUCGCUCCCACUUUUUACGGGAUAUUUUGAGAAGGAAGACAAUGAGGAUCCUGAGAGAGAAAUUGCAUGGGAAAGUCACGCCGUUUCACAAAAUCAUGUCGAAAGAGAGUCAAAUCUCCACUGGAUUUUUGGUCAUGAUCACCACGCUAAUAAUGCGGUAAUGUUGGAGCGGUUGCAAGGUUUUAAAGAGGCCGUGCUCCUCCUUUGUCCACAUUUGGAAGAGAAGGAACGCUACCGACUUUUGAAUUUAUAAAUUCAUUAAAUUCAUGGUAUUGAAGUUUGUUGACCAUGUAUACUUAUAAUUUACUGGGGCAAUUUGGAAAUUAGUACAAAAAGUAGAGAUGGUAGUAGCUAUAUUAUAGAGAAAACGCACAAUUUGUGAGCCAAUCAUUACAUGCAGAAAUAUUCCGUCAUUAUUGUCACUCAUCCUCAAAGAGAUAUACAGGAAUAUAGUAAUGUUGUCAGGUCACUACCACUAAUUAAGUAUUAAAUACCAUAGUGUGCAUACACGGAGCUUUUGGAAAUCGUGGAGCUUUCGUAGGUAUGUAAUCUCACAGUUCCAGUUCCGAAUAAAUAUCUAUUAGUAUUUAAAUGCUUGGCAUAUUUAUGACAUUCUAUGAAAAUAUUAGUAGUUGUGAUAGUAGUUUCAAACAAAUUCAAGAUCGACCUGAAAUAUGUACCUUUGCAAAGUUUACACAAGAGUAUUUUGAUGCUUAUUGCUUUCAUUUACAUAUAAAUAUAUAUAGUAUGUAACGACGUCUACAAAAUUUAAUUAAGAUAAAGUCAUAUCUACGAUACGGUGCGAUAAUCAUAAGUAUGCAUACAUGUCAUAUACAAAUUUAAGCUUGAACCCAGUCCUUUUUAUAAUAAAAACAUAAAAUCAUA